AUGGCGUCCACACGAGACAGGUCCUCCCAGUCGACCCUGGCCACCCCACGCCAGUUUCCAUCCAGCGGGUUCGAGCUAAUCGACCGAGCUGAAAAGGUGGAAGAAUCGCAGAAGUACUGGGCCUUGAAGGUGCACGUUAACGACUUGCCCGACCACAACCAGGAGCUUCGGGUCUAUCAGCAUCUGGCAGGCGCUAACGUGACCACUGAUGGCGUAGACGAACAUCCAGGUUUGAAGCACAUUCGGACAUUGGAAGAUUCGUUCAAGAUUCAAGGACCCCACGGCGUGUUCAUCAUGACACCGCUGGGCAUGGGCCUCAGGACUUUCCAGGACAUGCAGCAGGACAAGGUCUUCCCGAAGGUCUUCGUGACCAGCGCGCUCAAGUAG